AAACAUUCACUUCUUUUUUUACCGGCGUUAUCUCUUUAGGUUUUUACAGUUAAUUACUGUAAUUUCACUAUCCACUUCAUUGUUUUUGUGUUUAAUAAUUCAAAAUGCGUAACGUUGAGAUAAAAGCGAAGAUAACAAAUCUGGAAAACAUUUGCAAAGUAGCCGAGCAACUCAGUGGUGGUCCUCCGACAAUAAUCAAACAGGACGAUGUUUUUUACCGAGUGAAUAAUGGGCGUUUGAAGAUGAGAUACUACGCUGAUGAAUCAGCCACUCUAGUAAGAUACGAACGUAGUGACCAAGAGGGGCCGAAACUAGCAGAUUAUGAUUUGCUGCAUUUUUCAGUGACGGACAGUGAGAAAGCUAAAUUGCUAGAUAAGAUGCUAACCCAGUGUAUGGGUGCGAGAGGACGUGUUAUCAAAGAAAGGAAACUGUACAUGGUUGAUCAAACUCGGGUCCACAUUGACUCCGUGCAGGACCUCGGAGACUUCAUGGAGUUAGAAGUUGUGCUGCGGCCAGAACAGACUGUUGAAGAAGGUCAAGUUAUUGCCAAGGACUUGCAAACCAAACUCGGUGUUAAAAAUGAAGAUCUGAUUGACUGUGCUUAUGUAGACUUGUUGGAGAAAAAAGGUUGAAGUUACAGUGUUGUAAAAUGUAAAAGUCAAAUAAAAUGAUAAUUCUGUUAGAUUCUGGCUGUGCAGUUGUUAUGUUUGCUACGAUAUUGUAUGUUUUUGAUAAGGUUUUUGAAUAAAAAAGUUAUUUUAA